GGUAUGUUUAGCUUUGUGGGCUAUUUUUCUUUUUUCUGGGAAUUAUGAAUCUUGAAUUUUUAUUUGUUCUUUUUCAAUAUGUUGUUUGUUUUUUGAUAUCCUGUAUAUAAUGUGUACGUUUUUUUUGUUAAUUAAUCUUGCUGUAGUUUGCUGGUAUUGAAUUAAUGAAUGCUAUAUAGUUUCUUGGGAUAAUUAAUUUUUUUUGUUGGUUGAUUUUUUUUUUCUUUCAAAGCGUUGGAAAUAUGUGCUUGAUGAAAUGCUUGAGAGGGAAUGUUUGAUUGAAUAUGUAUUAGGUUAUGUUGUAAUUAGAUGAGAUGAUUAGAUUCUGACAUGUGUUAAUUAAACCAUAUAUAUAUAUAUAUGUAUUUAUGUUCUUGUUUUUUAUCCAAACAAAGUGGUUGGUGAGGUUAGUUGGCCAAACUUUUGCAACUUUAAGCGAUGAACGAAUAAUUAAUACUAUGAUUUUGGGUGUUGAUUGUGUUAUGAAAUUUGAUUAUGAUGAACUUGUUUUGGAGAAGAAGCAUUACCUUAUGAUGAUGAAGGUUUGAAUUGGGAAGAAUCAGCUCGAAAUCCUCUAGUUUAGUGCUCGUUUAUCGAGUUAAAAAUGUGAAAGAGUACUAUUCUAUGAAAUGGAUCACAACUGAGGCUAUGCUGUGAUGCUGUCAACUGCAAGCACUACUAUGUUGGUUAAAUCUUACCUAAACCAAGCUGAGCUGCUUCUCAAGGACUAUGUCUCUGCUGAUCUCUUCGUCGUCUACACUUCUAUAAUCAUCGGAAUCUUCGCCUGCAAAACGGUGUACGAACUUAGCCAGCUUAUUAGCCCCGUUUACUUCAAAAGCUAUUCGAAUCUCACAAAGGGCAUUCAACUCGAAUGGAGCAACCGAGCCAUGUCGACGUUUCAUGCCAUGUACAUUGCCACCAUGUCACUAUACUUCGUGUUGUGGUCAGAUCUCUUCGUAAAUGAUCCACAACGUGGUCCAGUCACUCUUCGGAGCUCUACAAUAUCUGUUUCUGCUUUGGGAGUCUCCGUUGGCUAUUUCCUUUCGGAUCUCAGCAUGAUCAUAUGGCGAUAUCCUUCCUUAGGCGGGAUGGAGUAUGUGGUUCAUCAUCUUCUCUCUUUGGUGAGCGUCGCCUAUGCUAUGCUUACCGGUGAAGCACAGAUCUACACGUACAUGGUUCUAAUAUCCGAGGCAACCACGCCUUCCGUCAAUCUGAGAUGGUAUCUCGAUGCAGCUGGAAUGAAGAGGUCGAAGGUGUAUACUAUAAACGGAGUCGUGAUAUUCCUAGCAUGGCUCGUUGCAAGAAUUCUGCUGUUCAUUUACUUGUUCUGGCAUUCUUACCUGUAUUAUGAUCAGGUGAAGCAGAUACACGAGAUAGGCGUGGUGAUGGUGCACGCCGUCCCAACCGUGCUGUCUGUGAUGAACUUGUAUUGGUUCAGCAAGAUCUUCAAGGGGAUGGUGAAGACACUCAAGAGGGAGUGAAAAAAUCGGGUUUUUAUCGAAACACGCUUCUUCUCUGUAAGAUUAUUGUUUGCCUGUGAAUAUUUGGAGGAAGAAAAUGUGAAGCAUUUUUUCUAAUUAGAUAGGGAAAAAAAGGCUGUAUAGAUUUGUGCAGAUUCAUUUAGGCACUACUUGUUGCUUAAAAAUUGUGUUUAGAUUGAUUUCAAAGGAAGUUGACGGGUCCCGAAUCAUGUUUUGUAGUAUCUUUUUAUGUUUCAGUCUCGUAUUUUAUUAUACAGUGAAAAUGUUAAA